AUGCAACCUCUCUUCGCUUUGAACACGGGCAUGGACAACUUUGCUAACUUCCUUCCUCCCCCAAUCACUUCAUCUACCGGUUCUGGCAAAAAUUGCCUCAUAGAAAAUGAUCCCUUCAGUCCUGUUCCUUCUACAGAUGCAUUUGCUGUCUCAUUCGGGUCAUCUUCAAUCGGGGCUUCCCUCGAUCCAUUCGAAGCGGAUCCUUUCGCACCCUCCAGCUCUGAUCCCUUCUCUCUCCAAGUUAAAUCCUCUGAUCAUUCCAAGACCAGCUUUGAUCCCAACAAAUUCGAUGCUAUAUUCGGAAGCGCACCUUCUGAAUUAACCGACUAUCCCUUUACAUCCACUCGUGGUAGUAACAACGGAAAUUCUACCACCGGAGUAGGAAGUAGGAAAAUCCCCCCGCCUAGACCGGCUACUCAACCAAGUGUGGUUCUGAGCAAAUCAAACAAGAAAUCCCCUCCUCAUCAUCACAAGUCAAGCGGUGGUCUCACAGUGGCUCCAAAGUCGACCUCAAACAGUAAUGAGUCGCCUAAAAGUCGACUUCGCGGAGCUUUCGGUAAAGUGGGGGCCAUCGGAAACGGUUCCCGCAACAGUGGCGCCUUCCGAAGUGUUAGUAGUAACGCUGGCACUCGGGAUAAUACCUUGAUAGCUUCCGCCUCAAUAAAUGAGGCGGAGCAAAUUCUUUGGGCCACCAGAGAGUCUAGAAGAGCUGCUAAAGCCGAGGAGGAGUUGAGAGCUAAAGAAGAGGCGGAUCUUGAGUUAGCUAUACGACUUUCACGACUUGAAGCUCUGGCAAAAGGAGUAUCUUAG